AUCAUUCAUCCCUAAUUAACUAUUUCCAAUCUAAUUCAGAGGAAUUACCGAUUGGAAAUACGUUACAGGGCAACGAUCUCUUACUGCCAAUUGGAAUUGAUGUAGCGGCAGCGCAAUUUAAUAAUGCAGGUGAAGAACGAGUUUGGGCACAACUUGCUGACGUAAUAGGGAUGCAACCUAUUGAUUCUAUUGACAUAGAAAGGGCACAACUUAAUAACAUCGCAAUGGCACAAGCAAGCUCACUACACGCUGCAG